AUAAAAUUGAUCAUGUAAAAAUUUCUGACAAAAAAUGUUACUUUUUUUUCAAAUUGGUUUGUGUUAUAAGUCGCUUAAUGUUAUUAAACUGGGCUGGGACAAACAUUAUUACAUUAAGUGACUUUUACUGUAUUACAGAAAACCGGUCAUUUUUCUGACACUUGAUGGGAUGAGUGCUGUGUUGUUAGCAUAGCAAAGGUUUAAUGUAAGUACACCUCAAAUUGAUUCUCCUCCCUACCACUAGCCUGAGCCAUCGACAUUGGUACUUUCUGCUACAAUUAGCUGCAGCAUCUCACAAAUUAUAUAUUCUCCAUCCGUAACGAUUAAACUGGAAUGGGGAUAGAAUGCAACCUUGUCACACUCCUCUCUCUGGGUGGAAUUUCCCCGACAUUGUUUCUCUAUUAAUUUGGACAUUUGCCAUGCUCCCCUCAUACAGUUGUUUUAUCAGCCACACCAGAUGUAUGUAUUAGUGUGUCCAUCUUUAUUAAAAUUCUCCACAGCUUUUGCCAUUGUACGCUGUCAAACACUUUCUUGCAAUCUACAAAACAUAGCAAAGUACGCACAUUGUAUUCACAUGCUUCCUCAAUCAGCAGUCUGAGGUUGAGGAUCUGCUCCCUAGUUCCUCAUCCUCUCACAAAUCUUGCUUGUUCUGGAAGGAUUUGACUGUGCAUGAGUGCGUAUAACCUGUCCUACGCAAUCUUCAAUAGUACUUUGCUGGCAUGACUUAUCAACAAGAUCAUUCUGUAGUUCUCGCAGUUCUCAGGAGAUCCUUUGUUGUACAGAGUGACAUAUUAUGUAGACUGUACCUAAUCAUCCGGCCAUUCGCAGCUCAGUCAUAUCGAGUUGCAUAUGUUGUGGAUUUGGCUAGUGACUUCUUCUCGUCCAGCUUUGAAGACCUCAGCCAUUCCCUUAUCUGGUCCUGGAGCUUUGUUCUUUUUCAAGUACUAAGAGAUUGGUUUGUUUAAUGAAUACUAUAUCCAAGAUGAAAUCUUCCACAAUGGUCUAGUUCAAGCAGGCUUCAAUGUGUAUGCAGACUUUUUAGCAUAGGUAUAAAUAAGGUACCUACAAAUGAAUUAAAUUUAUCAGAUUCGAUCUAAUUACAAAUUAUUCAUUGAGAAAUAAUUCAUCAUCGUUUUGGUUUAUUAUUCAUCAUAAAAAGAAUCUAUCACCACCAGAAGAGAUCAAAGUUGUUGGGAGGACAUGCAGUCAAGAUCUUCGGAUGGGGAGAAGAAAAAAGAAGUCUAAUACUGGAUUAUUGCCAACUCGUGUGGAAAUUCUUGGGGUGAAAACGGAACAUUCAGAAUGAUACGAGGAAAGAAUAACUGUGGAAUAGAAGAUACGAACAUAAGGUGUACUUGGUACACCAGAAUUGCAUCUGAUCGAAAAAGAGACUUCUGAUAAGUAGGAAAGACUUCUAUUUCAUUCAUACUUAUAGAUUUUUUUUUUGUGCAAUAAUUGGAAGAUUACCCCGGCUGGAACAGGCCACCCAAAAAGUUCUUCAGAAUAUUUUCUAGAACUUAAAAUAACAAAAUGAAAAGCUCCCUCAAUUCAAAUUCAUUGCGUUUUUGUAUCACAACAAUUCUCGAAAUAUCAACAAAAUUUGAGAUAUUGUAAGUACCUACUUGUGUAAAAUUUUUAAAAUAAGUUUCCUGAAUGAAUUUUUCGAAGGUUUGAGUGUUACCUUGGUAUAAUAUUAAAUUGCUCUAUAACUUGAACCACACAUCAAGAUUAGGUAGACUUGUGAAGUUCACUCAUACUCGUUUUUUUAUCUUCUAGUAAGAACGGAAAAUCAACAUUUCAAGUCGUAAACUGAGAAAAAGUACCCGAGUUAUCUUAUAACGCAGGUGACAAAAUUCACAAAUUUCUUAAUUUUCAACGACGAAAUGUCAAAUCGGCGUCAAAAACUAUUUGAACUGAUAACUUCUCACUUGGCAAUUGAAAAUGCAUCUGAAGAGGUUUGCAUGGAAAAAAAUAAAAAUAUGUUAAGGACCUCGUUCAACAAUUUGGUUUACUUAAUCAAAUUAUCACAAUCUAUAAAACUUCAUAAAAAUUCGUGAAACUAUUUCGUAUCUACACAAUCGCUCGUCGGAUAAAUACAAAGUGUGUUUUUCGAUUUUCAAAAUCAACAAGGUAUAUAAACUUGAUUUGAAAAGUGCAUUUUAUACAGAAAAAUACAUCGCCAUCAUCUCGGUACGUACGAUGAAAUUUUUGCCAUUUUUCGCCAUCGUUCUACUAACAUCGUCAGUUUUAGCAAAUUAUCACAAAAAAUUCGAUCAUGAAAUAAUUAAUUUGCGAGAAAUUGCAGCUAAAGUGAAUUCAGAUCCUACAAGUUUAUGGAAGGCAGAUACAUAUGGUUUGGACGAAGUCGCUGUGAGUGAAAUUAGAAAAAAAAUAGGGGCAAAAUUGAACGAAAAGGGUCUACCAACGUCGAAUAAACAUUCGGAAUCCAAAUUCACAGGUCAGAAUAGAUCUAAAUUAGGUGUGGGUAUUGCUCUUCCCAGGUCGUACGAUGCUCGACAAAGAUAUCCAAAUUGCACCUCUGUUUCGCACAUACGAGAUCAAUCUAACUGCGGCUCUUGUUGGGCCGUUUCCGCAGCUUCCGUAUUAAGCGAUAGAUUUUGCAUCCAUAGCGAGGGAAGAUAUAACUUUGAAUUAUCCUCUCGCUAUAUACUGUCUUGCAAUAAAGACAACGGCGGCUGUGCUGGUGGAUACACGCAAAUAGUAUGGGAAUUUUUGAAAACACAAGGAACGGUAACCGGAGGCGACUUUCAAUCCGAUGAAGGUUGCCAACCUUACCCUUUUCAUCCCUGCGGCUGGCCGCAAAAAUUACCAUGUCCCCAGUACCUUACGCCAAAAUGUAUGAAUACUAAAUGCGAUAACGAAUGGUAUAAAGCUCCCAAGGAAACUCGCAUGUACAAAGCCAGAGAGUCAUAUCAUAUUAAGGACGAUAUUUUUGGAUUAUUUACCGAAUACUACAUCCGAGAUGAGAUCUUCCGCAAUGGCCCAGUUCAAGCAGCUUUCUUAAUGUAUGCAGACAUCUUAACAUAUAAAUCAGGUAUAUACAAUCACCAAAGUACAGAGGAGCAUGUGGGAGGACAUUUAAUGAAAAUCAUCGGAUGGGGAGAAGAAAAAGGAGUCAAGUACUGGAUUAUUUCCAACUCUUGGGGCGAGAAUUGGGGUGAAAAAGGAAUAAUUAGAAUGAUACGAGGAGUUAACAACUGUGGAAUAGAAGACUACGUUUUUGCUGGUAUUCCAGAACUCUAAUUUGUUUAUACGAACCUUUACUUUACACGAAAUAUUUGUACCUCUACCUACAUAUUGAACAGCGGAAUAAUGCUGAUCUUUUUCCUAUCGCUCAAUUUACAAUAUUUAUUUUAUUUUAUUUAUGAUUAAAAUGUUUUCUUGUUUGA